GUCACCAAGGAAGGGCGAACCAGCUGCCCUGCAGCCGAAAGAUCUGUGCUGUGGAACUAGGGUAAAUAUUCCAGCAAGCUGGAGACUGGAAAUGACCAGGAUCUGGGAGCUAGGAAGAAGUCAAGAGAGAGAAAGACCGGAUUAUGAAAUCAUCCACCAUGCUCCUCCUGUGAAAACUGUGCCAUCCUGGUCUUAAAACACCUGCAAGAAAGGACACUGUGAUUUUUCCUGAGAUCCACUUUUUACUGCUUUGUUAACCAAACAGUCACCAGUGCAAAGUGAGAUUGUAAAUAAACACAAUGAACUAAGGAAAUCUGUCACUCCCCCUGCCAGCAACAUGCUAAAAAUGGAAUGGAGCAGAGAAGCAAGAGCAAAUGCACAGAAGUGGGCAAAUAAGUGUACUUUAGAGCACAGUAAUCCAGAGGACCGAAAAAACACAGGCAGGGGUGUGUGUUCCUGGUGCCCAUGUGGCUCACCUCCUCUGUGCUGGGAGCUGUUGCACACCUACCCAGAAGCCUUCCUAGCUGGGAGCUGUGGCAUGCUGGCCUGGAAGUCUCCUCUGGUCUGGGAGCCGUGGGAUGCCAACUCAGAGGCCUCCUCUGUGCUGGGAGCUGUGGCACACCUACCUGGACCAUCUUCCUGUUCUUGAUGCCAGAAGUCACCUCAAGCAAGACAUAGGAACAUCUUAUCCUUCCCAUCUCCUUAUCUCAGAGACAAUGAUAUUGGCAGGUAUAUGCUUCAUGGUGCUGCUCCAGCACGCUCCUGGCAUGAUAAACACCUCAUAUAUCUCUUUAUUGAGCCAUCAUCCAUCAAUUCAAGUGGAGAUUAUUGAUAAGCACAAUGAUUUUAGGAGGAUGGUAAAACCCAGUGCUAGAAACAUGCUUAAAAUGACAUGGAAUGCUGAAGUUGCAAAGAAUGCUGAAAUUUGGGCAAAGAAGUGCAUCUUUUCUCACAGUCCUAAAGAUCAACGAAAAAUUAGUUUUGCUGACUGUGGGGAGAAUUACUUCUUGUCCAGUGAUCCCAGAACAUGGUCAUAUGUAAUCCAAUCUUUCUAUGAUGAAGUUAAAGAUUUUAAAUAUGGAUUAGGAAAUAUUCGAGCCAAUGCUAUAACUGGCCAUUAUACCCAGCUUGUUUGGGCCACUUCCCACCAGCUUGGCUGUGCAUUAGCUCACUGUCCUCACAAGAACUAUAAAUAUUUCUAUGUUUGCCAAUAUUGCCCCACGGGAAACAAUGUGAGAACAAUGAAGACACCAUAUAAAAUAGGACAGCCAUGUGGGGACUGCCCUGGUCAUUGUGACAAUGGACUUUGCACCAAUCCAUGCAUGCAUGCGGAUACUAUCUCAAAUUGUGCUGCUCUGGUCAAGCAACAUGGGUGUGGUAUAAAAAUCACAAAAGAAAGCUGCAAGGCUACCUGCAAAUGCCCUUCAGAAAUAAAAUAAUGCAUCCUUAAAGGUGAUAUUUAGUGUCAAGAAUAAACUUCACAGGUCUUAAAUCACU